CUCUUCUCCUACUUAAUCCAUCACAUCACGAAACCACUUCAUGUACUCUUAACAUUAUCUGCUUGUACCCUUAUCAUUAUCUUGAGCAUUUCAUAGUUUCAAAUACACAUAUUGCCGCCCUCUCUCCCUCUCAGGCUCUCAGUGUGUCAAUCACCUUGUAACACACAUCCACACACAAACACACACACAAAGAUGUUCUCCGCCAAGGCUCGGUGGAUCGUCGCCGUCGUGCUCAGGGUGGCCGCCGCCGGCGCCGCGGCGGUCGCGGCGGUGCUCAUGGCCAUGAGCCAUGAUGAGGUCAUCGUCUACGGCAUGGAGGUGCAGGCCAAGUUCCGCUACACUCCAUCGCUAGUGUUCUUCGUCGCCGCCAACGCCGCCGUGAGCGCGUGCAGCUUGGUCGUCCUGCUCGUGCCGUCGUCGACGAGCAAGCUCGCCGCGAGGCUGCUGCUGAUGGCCGACGUGGUGCUCGGCAUGGUGCUCGCCGGCGCGUUCGCGGCGGCGGGCGCCAUGGCGGAGCUGGGGAAGAACGGCAACAGCCACGCCGGCUGGAUCGCGAUCUGUGUCCAGGUGCCGCUCUUCUGCGACCGCGUCAGGUCGGCUCUCGUCGCCGGCUCCGCCACCAUCGUCCUCUACUACCUCAUGCUCAUGUACUCCAUUUACACACUCCCCAUGUUCCCAUGAGCAUCUCUACUACUAGCUUUUUAGCUUUUUAGAGUAGUAGAGGUGUCGUUCUAAAUUUAGAGUCAGUAGUACUCUCUCCGUUCUAAAAUAAAUUAAUUUUUAUUUAUGUACAGAAUUAUGUACAGAAUUUUAUUUAUUUUGAGAUAGAGUAGGUGCUUGUAAGUGAGAUUAACAGCCUGUUUUUUUAAGAGGUUUCUUAUUAUUCUUGGAGAGUUAUAUAGCCGUUGGAUAAAAAUGCCACGGACGUCUGUGCCUCUUCAAGAAUGGGAGAAAAUCUCUUAUUUUUUUUAUAUGUUUUCUUGUAAAGGCUUUUCUAUAGUAGUGAUGAUCAAACGUUAUAGUAUGAAAGCACAUAGUUUCUGUAUACAGCUAGCUAGUGAUAUAGAUCGCAACUGCUACUAUUAUGUAAACAGAAAAAUUGUAAGUUUUGUGUUGUGGCUUCUUAAUCCAGUAUGGCAUGUAAAAUUGUAAAUUUCAGAAGGAUAUGUCACAUGAGAGUUUCAAAA